GACGACCAGGCGGGCCGCUCUGCCCGGCGGAAGCGCGCCAGUCCCGGGGGCGGAGGAGCUGACUUAGGUCGCGGAGAAGCAGGUCGCUAAAUAUACUUGAAAGACCUGACUGUUGUUGAGAAAUUGUCUUGAAGACAAUGCAUCUGAUUUGGUUGUUUGAAGAAAUUACUUCCGGAGUUUUCUAGUAAUUCUGUGACAAACAGGAAUACAAACAAAAUUUUACAGUUUGGGAGCGUCCGUGGCUGUCUCAGUGCCCAGCAUGGAUGGCUACACAGUCCUGAGAGUGAUCGGGGAGGGCUCCUUCGGCAGAGCCCUUUUGGUUCAGCAGGAAAACAGUAAUCGGAUGUUUGCCAUGAAGGAAAUAAGGCUUCCCAAGUCUUUCUCUAAUACACAGAAUUCUAGGAAGGAGGCUGUUUUGUUAGCCAAAAUGAAACAUCCCAGUAUUGUUGCCUUUAAAGAAUCAUUUGAAGCUGAAGGACAUCUGUAUAUUGUGAUGGAAUACUGUGAUGGAGGGGACCUGAUGCAAAAGAUUAAACAUCAGAAAGGCAAGUUGUUUCCUGAAGAUACGAUACUUAAUUGGUUUACACAGAUGUGCCUUGGAGUAAACCACAUUCACAAGAAACAUGUGUUACACAGAGAUAUCAAAUCCAAGAACAUCUUCCUCACCCAAAAUGGGAAAGUGAAACUGGGAGAUUUUGGAUCUGCCCGUCUUCUCUCUAAUCCCAUGGCGUUUGCUUGUACUUACGUGGGAACACCUUAUUAUGUGCCCCCAGAAAUUUGGGAAAACACACCUUAUAACAAUAAAAGUGACAUCUGGUCCUUGGGUUGCAUUCUGUAUGAACUCUGUACCCUGAAGCAUCCAUUUCAGGCAAAUAGUUGGAAAAGUCUUAUCCUCAAAAUAUGUCAGGGGUCCAUGAGCCCACUGCCAUCUCAUUAUUCCUAUGAACUUCAGCAUCUCAUCAAGCAGAUGUUUAAAAGGAAUCCCUCCCAUCGCCCCUCAGCUACCACGCUUCUCUCUAGAGGCAUUUUAGCUCGACUUAUCCAGAGAUGCUUAACCCCAGAGAUUAUCACAGAAUAUGGCGAGCAGGUAUUGGAAGAAACCAAAAAAUCUAAGCAUAGUACAUCAAGAAAACAGGCAGACCCUCAUAGAAUCAGGAUGGCUUUGGAAAAAGAAGCAAGCACAGUGCAAGGGGAAGAACAAGGUAGCAAGAGUAGCCACGCUGAUUUAGGAAGCAGUAAUAAAAAUUCCGUUAAAGGUGCACUGAGGAGAGUAAACAAAGAAGAGAAAGAUAAUAAAUCAAUCCAUCCGAGGAAAGCCACUUCACCAAGUCCUGUCAGGCGACAGUGGGAAAAAAAUGCAUCUAAUACAGCACUUACAGCUUUGGAAAAUGCAUCCAUACUCACGUCCAGUUUGACAGCAGAGGAUGAUAGAGGUGGUUCUGUAAUCAAGUAUACUGGAAAUAAUACCCGUAAGCAGUGGCUCAAAGAGACUCCUGAAACUUUGUUGAACAUCCUUAAGAAUGCUGAUCUCAGCUUGGCGUUUCAAACAUACACAAUAUAUAGACCAGGUUCAGAAGGGUUCUUAAAAGGCCCCCUGUGUGAAGAAACAGAAGCAUCAGACAGUGUUGAUGGAGGUUACGAUUCUGUCGUUUUGGACCCAGAGAGACUGGAACCUAGACUGGAUGAGGAGGACACGGACUUUGAGGAGGAAGACGACAACCUUGAUUGGGUAUCAGAACUGAAGCAGCGAGUUGGCUGGCAAGAAGUGUCUGAUGGCUAAUACUCAAGAAAAUGUUCCGCAGUCACAAUGAGUAGAUAUUAAAAGUAAGGAAUUCAUGUUUAGAUACUAAUAGCUUACCAGAUGUAUAUUUCCUCUUGGAAACAGAAUAAAGAGGGGAAACUGAAUAUUUAACAUUGUUCCUGAUGAGUAUUACAAGGUUUAAAAAAUCUGCAACUCUUGUGAGUUUUUUAAUUCAAAGGAGGGGUAGCAUAAUGGGUGUGAGGUUUGGGCUUUGCAGUCAGAACAGAAAUUGGAUGCUACUGCUUACUAUUUGUGUCAUUGUGGGAAAUUAUGUAACCUCUUUGGGCCCGAAUUUCAACUAUAAUGUAAGGAUAAUAAUGCUUACCUCAUAGGGAUAUUGAUUGUAGAGCAUGACAGCAGUCCAUAAUGUUAUUUGCAUUUUUAUGAUGUGUGUUUAUUACUCUGUGACUCUUUUUACAUUUCCUAAAGAUCUGAAGA